GUCGAGUUUCGCCGAAGAAGAAAACCCCGCGGAGGAGUCCCGGAGUGACCAUGGCGACCUACAGCCUGGCGAACGAGAGGCUGCGCGCCCUGGAAGACAUCGAGCGGGAAAUCGGCGCCAUUCUCCAGAAUGCAGGUACCGUGAUCCUGGAAUUGUCCAAGGAGAAAAGCAACGAGCGGCUCUUGGACCGGCAGGCGGCGGCCUUCACGGCGUCGGUGCAACACGUGGAAGCGGAGCUGUCGGCUCAGAUCCGCUACCUCACCCAGGUGGCCACGGGGCAGCCCCAUGAGGGUUCCAGCUACUCUUCGAGGAAGGACUGUCAGAUGGCCCUGAAGCGAGUGGACUACGCUCGCCUCAAGCUCAGUGAUGUGGCCCGAACCUGUGAGCAGAUGCUGGAAAACUAGGCCAAGCAGGUGGAGUGAGAGGUCGGAGGAGGACCCGGGACAGAACCCAGACACCUGUGCAAUGGGUACUGUGGGCCGCCACAUACACGCCCUGCUGGCCAGAGGAUAUGGGGACAAAGGGACUGAAAGUGGGGGGUGGAGAAACUUGGCAGACCAAGCCUGCCACAACUCUGCCCUGGUUCCUGCUCCUGCUCCUGCCCUCCACGAGCGAGCUCAGACAGACGGAGAUUCAGACACCAAACCCACUUCCUCCAACACCGUGUGACCCUGUCGCAGGCCUCUGCAGACGGGACCAAUGAAGACACGUUCUUCAUUGAAAGAAGCAAAAACAAGAACUAAGGGUUUUAAUAAUAAAAACAGUAGCAAGAAAA